CUCCACUACAAUGUGGUGGUGGCUGUUUUCCAUAUUGAGCAGUAUGUUGUUUGUCUUAGUUAUCGUGAUAUUCCUGACCAUUGGGCAGCGCUACAAGGUUUUUAGUGAGACGUGCCUUAGGCCGCCAGGACCCUUGGUUAACGAUGACAAAAAGAGGGAUGACAGGCUCAAGAGAGGUUUCCGGAUGGAUCGGGUUCCCCAUGCUCUGGAUGCUGUGGUUAUUGGCAGCGGUAUGGGCGGUUUGACAGCUGCAGCUCUGUUGUCCAAGGCUGGAAAGAGGGUUCUUGUUUUAGAGCAACACGAUCAGGCUGGUGGCUGCACUCACACCUUCCAAAAUAAGGGAUUUGAAUUUGAUGUGGGCAUUCAUUAUCUUGGACAGCUUCAUGAGAACAGCCUGCUUCGGGUUGCCCUGGAUCAGAUCACAGAGGGCCAGCUGCAGUUUACCCUGCUUGAGCAACACUUUGAUACAUUAGUCUUGGGCCAGCCUGGAAAACACAGGGCAUAUCACAUACAUGCAGGGAAGACUGAAAUGGCAGCUAGCCUGAAGAAGCAGUUUCCAGGCGAGGAGGAUGCAAUUGAUGAGUUCUUCAGAUUAAUGAAGUCAGCAUCAAAACGGACACCAUAUAUUGCCUGUUUGAAGAUUAUUCCUUAUUGGCUGGUCAAUUUCCUGGUUUGGACUGGUCUAUUAGAUCGCAUAUCUACAGUGUUCCGUCUAGCAACCACAAACCACUCUGAAAUAAUAUCCCACCUCACAGAAAACAAGGACCUUCGAGCCUUAUCUGCCUACCUUUUCUAUGGUGUGCCCCCUAAACAGUCUAGCUUUCUCAUCAAUGCACUCCUGAUUCACCAUUACAAACGUGGUGCAUACUAUCCACGAGGAGGCGCGAGUGAGUUUGCUUUUCACAUCAUCCCUGUCAUUCAGCAGACAGGGGGUGCUGUCUUGGUCAGGGCACCAGUGCAGCGUAUACUGCUAAACCAGAAGGGGAAAGCUUGUGGAGUGACAGUGCUGAAAGGCCAAGAGGAGAUGAAAAUCCUCGCUCCUGCUGUCAUUUCCAAUGCUGGAAUCUUCAACACCUUCCAAAAGUUUCUGCCACAGCACAUACAACAAAAAUCAGUAGAGAUCCAGUCAUUGUUGAGUAUGGUGCGCCAUGGCAUGGGUUCUUUCUUGGUCUUUGUUGGUCUGGAUGGAACCAAAGAAGAGCUGGGAAUCGUUUCCACGAACUUCUGGAUGUAUAAAGACAAUGACUUGGAUAUGCUAAUGGAACAAUAUGCUUCACUGAGCAGAGAGCAGGUAUUGGGGAAUAUUCCUAUGAUGUUCAUCACCUUUCCAUCUGCCAAAGACCCCACAGCCAACAUUCGACAACCAGGAAAGUCCUGCAUGACGUUGUUAACGAUGGCUCGCUAUGAGUGGUUUGAGGAAUGGGAGGGGACGAAGAUUGGCAAGAGGGGACAGGAUUACCUGGAUUUGAAAAACGGUAUGUCUCAGGAGCUGCUGGAGUGGGCCAUAACCAUCUUCCCCCAAUUAAAAGACAAGGUGGUUAUGAUUGAUGCUGCCACCCCUCUGACUAAUGGCCACUAUUUGGGUGCACCAAGAGGUGAGAUGUAUGGUGCUGAACACAAUUUGGAGCGCUUCAACCCGGAAACGGUUGCAAGGACCAGACCACAAACACCAAUUAGUGGUCUAUACUUAACAGGUCAGGAUGUGUUCUGUAAUGGCAUGGCUGGAGCUUUGCAUGGUGGACUACUCUGUGCCUCAGCUGUCCUAAAUCAGAUCCUCUAUAUCGAUCUUCUAGCUCUUAAGACCCGCCUUAAAAAAAAGCAAGCAAAUCAUAAGCUCACCUGAAAAUAAAAAUUUGAUUUAGUCACAAAGCCCUUCCCCAAAUAAUGACUAUCCAUGUAUCAAAAUACAAUAUAUGUAAUGUGUCAUUGUGUUUCACAACAUCUGAAUUGAAAUAAAACCAUCAAGAUGUAAUGGAGCGACAUCCACAAACUUGCCCCUCCAUACUUGUCCGACUUCCUCCACAUUGCCAUUCCAAUCCGCACCCUCAGAUCCUCCUUCUCCAUCCACCUGACUGUCCCACCUUCCCGUCUCAGUACCAUGAGCAGCAGAGCCUUCAGUCGCUGUGCUCCCUAGCUCUGUAACUCUUUGCCAACAGACCUCCGCAACUCAAUUUCUUUCACCACCUUUAUAACUGAAAUAA